CGGUGUUUCGUCAGGGGGGGGUUCUUUUACAAGUCGACUCGAUGAGAAUCUUGGACGAUCGGUCGACCUGUAAUACGUCCAUAUACUCGAACUUGCCGAUUCUUCUCUCGCUUCUCCUAAAUCGUUCUUUGAAUAUUUCUCUGUGGUGAAAGUGAGGAUGACUUUGCUUGGCUCGUACGUUACGAUAGUUCGUUCGUUAUCAUUUUUCUUAAAGGCUCACAAAGUUUCCCUUUGAAGAAGACGAAGAAGAGGAAAAACAAGAAAUAUAAGAAGAAAUCUCGAAUUGGAAAGAAAGAGCAACGGAAAGAAGGAUUAUUCUUCGAAAGUAUCGCGGCAUCGAAAUUACCUGUAGAGCCAUAGAAUCGAAGGUUCACCAGGUGGCGCAACAAACGACGCAACGUUCGUUGCCAGUUCGUUUUUUUUUGGAUCGGACCUCGACUUUCGAGGAAGAACUUAAGAGAAGAUUUCUUCGUUCAGAUUUUUCAUCGUUCUUUCAAAUUUCUCUUUUUUCCCUUCGUUUAUCUCGUUUUGAGAGAACGAGAGAGAGAGAGAGAGAGAGAGAGAGAGAGAAAGACAGAGAAAUAGAGAAAGUAUUUCCGAGUUCCGGUGGGGUCGCCGAAAGUAGCGGAGCGUGACCGUGGUAGUUCUAACGGAAAAACGUGGGAAUUCUCGUAAUCGUACUUUACCGAUUCUAUCGUUGUAACAGAAACAUCAAAUUCGGCUAAGAUCGAUCGGAACUCUAUCCUGGAGAAUCAGGUCUACGUUAUCGUUGAUGUGGUAAUUUUAAGAGGAAAAUAUAUUGCACUUCUGAUGGAGGAGGAAGAUAAAUCGAAUUAAUAAAAGAAGAAUCAAAGGAAUAAAAGUAGAAAGUGUGCGAAUACUUUUUCCUCAUAUUUUUUUCUUUUACCCACUGGUGGUACAUUAAUUAGCGUGCGCUAAACGGACCCCGAGGUCAAUCGAGUUAAACGUCACGGCACAGCUUCGCGCGCUACUACGUUCAAGGAGUCAAUGAGUUGAAAGAGACUAUUACGUGUUAAUUCGUUAACGGGAUUAAAAAAAUACGUCAUUAAAAUAGUUUCUCUUUUUCUUUUCUCCUUGAAACGAAACGUGAAAAAUCGCAAGGAAUAGAAAAAAAAAAGUUAACAACAGUGUUACCGCGACAAAGGAUACGCAACUAGAGAAAGAGAGAGAGAGAGAGAGAGAGAGAGAGAGAGAGAGAGACGAAAAAGGGACUUUACUAUGAUCGGUGAGGCGUCAUAGUUUAAAAAUACAACUGGCUGCUACCGAUCGACAUCACCGAGAAGCCAUCGUCGUUUAAAGCAUAUUGUAUAGCGAGUGAUAGAAUGAGAAAGAGAGAUAGAGUUAACACGAAGAGAGAUAGAAAGGAAGGAAGGAAAACAGAAAGAUAAUCCUAUCCCACUCUAAAGUCUUUAGACGUCGGUGACGUCAGAUUGGCAGGGUAAGCGGUACGGAGUAGUUUCAAGCUCGUGAAAGGAAGGAAAGCGAGUAAAAAGAAAAAAAAAAAAGAAGAAGGAGGAGAAGAGUCUUCUCUUGUUCAGCUGUAUGGCUUGCGUUUACCUUUUUACCGGCCGGCUUCGAGGAACGUAGAGCGCCGCCAUGUUGUCCGAAGCGAACGUUUUUUUCUGGCGGGCGUAACUUCUGAAUCUCUCUCUCCCUCCCUUCCUUCCUCUCUCCAUCUCCCUCUCUCUCUCUCUCUCUCUCUCUCUCUCUCUCUCUCUCUCUCUGUAUCUUUUCAUCUCUUGAAGUAGACGUAAAGUUUCUCGUCGACGCAUGGUGUCUACUCAACGGAGAGACGUCAUCGUGAUCGUCGACCUUCGUCAUCGAUCGCUCAGAGAAGGGGAAAGAGGUUGUGCCGCUGGAGGAGGAGGAGGAAGAAGAGGAGUUGCGAGGGUGGUGGUUGUGCUGGUUGUGUAGUGUUGGUGUUGUUAGUAGCGGUGGUUGUGUUAACGGAGAAGAGCGCCUCGAGCGAGGCCAGCGGCGAACGAAGAGGUGCCUCCUCGUGUCGCGUGAACGAACGAUGCUCGGCACUGGUGUUACCGUCGCUCUCGUUAGACCGUACCAAGUCUCGCGAUGGAAGUCGACCGUUUCGUGACGAUUCGUCGCGUACGGUCGACCGUCGAGAAGCCACCUCGGUUCCUUAUUAUUUCGUUUCGCAGAAACGAACGUUCGCCGACGUCUUCCGUCAUUGUUUCUAUCGCGUUACCGCGUUCUCCAGUUACAUCGAAUUCCUCGAAAACGCCUCCUCUCCUCCGUCCGCUCUUCUCUUCCGCUGUUGAAAAACUCGUCCAGUGUUACCAUCAGCUUGUCCGGUGCAACUAUCUUACUUGUUCGUACUUGAAAGAUUUGUGAUAAGUAAAGAAGACUUAUUUGGGAAGGUGUGUCAAUUUGAUCAGAAUUGCUUAUGGUGCUUCGAACGGUAGGUGAAGAAACGUCUUCGUCAUUACGGUGUUUCGAUAGUCGAUGCGUUACACGCUACUGCGCGUCGUGAAAACAUCGGUGCUCGAAGAAGAGAAAUGGGAAACCACCCGUCCGCCCACCAGCCGCUCGAGAGGGCUACCAGCCAUGCUGGAAAUGGUCUUCGUCUCUCGAAGCGCGAGAGAUCGCCGGGAAAGAGGAUGGACCGGUUGCGGAGGAGCUUUCGAGACAGCUUCCGACGACGAAAAGAUCCUCACGUACCGGAAUCAAGUAAACCUCACCAAUGGCAAGCAGACGAGAGUGCAGUACGUUCCGCUACCUGCGCUUUUCACGUUAAGUACUUAGGAUGCGUCGAGGUGUUCGAGUCGAGAGGAAUGCAGGUUUGUGAGGAGGCUUUGAAGGUGCUCAGGAAUUCCAGAAGAAGGCCGGUACGCGCAGUCCUUCAUGUGUCCGGCGAUGGACUGCGUGUGGUCGAGGAUGAGACGAAGGGAUUGAUCGUCGACCAAACGAUUGAGAAAGUUUCUUUUUGUGCUCCAGAUCGGAAUCACGAAAAAGGCUUUAGCUAUAUCUGCAGGGAUGGUACGACCAGACGGUGGAUGUGUCAUGGAUUUUUGGCGUUAAAGGAGUCGGGUGAAAGAUUGAGUCACGCUGUUGGAUGUGCGUUUGCCGCGUGCUUGGAGAGAAAGCAACGUAGAGACAAAGAGUGCGGUGUAACUAUGACGUUUGAUUCAAAGACGUCGACCUUUACGAGAAGCGGUAGCUUCAGGCAACCGAGUCUUACCGAAAGAUUGCAGGAUACGCGUGAGCGUGCUGUAGAUGUUCCUCCGGUGAAGCAGGUGUACAACCCCUUCGCUAUUGAGAGACCCCAUGCCACGCCUUCUAUGUUAGAACGACAAGGAUCCUUCAGGGGUUUUACUCAAUUGAAUCAAGCGUCUCCAUUUAAAAGACAGCUCAGUUUACGCGUAAACGAUCUUCCUAGUAACCUCGAGCGUACACGCAGUCACAGUCUUGAACCUACGGAUUUAUCGCGAAUGCCAUCGACCAUACAGCACAUCGUACCUUUGAAACCUCCAGAGUACGAAGGAUAUGACGAAGUGAGCCCAAUACCGGAAAUAUCGCCAGGUGGACAGGAUAGCGUCUCUGCGAUGUGCCAACAGUUGUCCCAUGGACUUUCCUUGCUUUCGAGCAGCGACGAUUUUGGACCAUUGCCUUCCCAAGCCACAACCAGUUCGGUCGCGAAGCAACUUUUCAUGAAUACGAACAAUACUCCUCCCGUAACGAGUAGCAGCUCGCUGGACGACAUGAAAUUACAAAACGGGCCGAAUCUUAACAACAAUAACAACAACGACAAGAAUGAGGAUCUCGCGAAUUUGAACGACGUGAAACCAAGUUGGCAGGAGUCAUCCCCUUCGCCGAUUCUCGCGGUGAAUCCUAGGCUGACGCCUGUCCUAAAUAAGGCCAGCAAUUUAAGUCCCAUUCUUCCGAGGACAAGCACAGCCACUCCUGUGGUGAUGAGUACACCCGCGUCUAGCGUAGGUGUAUUUGGGACGCCUACAGCGGCCAGUCCCGCAUUUAGCACGGCCUCUACCUCUUCCCUCGGGAGUACUUCUACAGCGGUGGCGGUGAACAAAUCGACGAUUCCAGUCAAUAAUCAAUUAAACAAAGUUGCAACACCAAGGAGCAUCUCUCCUAGCGCCAGUGUAGCUUCGGUUUCUUCCUCGUUGUCCACAGCCGUGGCCAGUGAUGUCUCUGGGAUGUGUCCGAUUACUAUUCCUACGACUCCGGUUCAGGCGGUAGCAGCAGCAGGUACUCUCCCAAAGCCCGAACAAUGGUUAGGUAGUAUAACAGGAGCAGUGCCGGUAUCGACGGCGCCGCAAUCGACCUCCUCUGUAUCGCAGCAAGCUUCGACCACCAGUCCACGAAGAGCACCGCCAUUACAUGCAAGGGCUCUCUCUCUCGGCUCGGCCGCAAUGAGCGGUCAAGCGAGUAGAGGAGGUCCUUCCGAUCCUUUCGAUGCCGAAUGGGCGGAAAUCGCAGCUAGGAAUCUUCGACAGUCGGCGACGACGACGAAUCCAUUUGUCGUUCCUAACGCUACUCAGGCCUUCCAGGUGCAAUUGUAGCGCCAGGAGUUCGUGAACAGCGUCGCCAAGUACUUUCGCUCGAACACAUAGUGACGGCUGCACGUACGCUCGCGCCUCGAUCUCACCCACGAUCGUAGGUAUUAUACGUGAAGAUGAGAAGGAAGGGGAGGAGAAGGAGAAGGAGAAGAAAAAAAGUCGAUUUCUUCCUCUCCCUUUGUCUACUCUCUUAACCGUAAAGACGAGCGAAACUCGACUUGGAUUAUCGCUUGGUUUUUCUCGUCACGAGACGACGAUCCCUGACACGUACCUCAUUGUUGUCGCUGUGGUGUUACGGGGGAAAAAGAGACGGCGAGCGUUUAGCAACGAAUUUGCAUAUGAGGAAGGAAAGAGGAGGGCAAAUGGGAGGAAGAAAAUAUCCUAGAGAUUCUAUCGCUUAAUUAUUGUAGUUAGAAAACAAAGUAUGCGCACAGCCUCGAUAGAAGCACGCAUUAAUGUUAGGAGGACGUUGAUGAUGAUAACGACGAUGAUGAUGCACGCUCGACAAAUAAGAACAAGGAGAAGAACGUUGAAAGAGAAGAUGAGGCGUGAAUGCGCUUUCAAAGUAUAUGUAUGUGUGUGUGUGUGUGUGUGUGAGUGUGUGUGUAUAUACACACAUAUAUAUAUACAUAUAUAUGUGUGUGUGUGUGUGUGUCUUCUUGGAUCGAUCGAAAAAAGACUGUAGACGACGAUAAAAAGAGUACUUAUGCGAAGAAAGGCAGCCUUCGAAGAAGGGCUGCAUAUCUGCUAGUUGCAUAUUUAAAUGUUCGUCCGAUGACGAUUAAUAUUCGAAUAUUAAAAGUAAUCUCGAUAGUCUAGGCUCCAGCCGAGAGCGGUUAUCGUUGUUCUGCAUGAGACGCAAAAUUGUACGCACCAAGAUUACGCUGCACAAGAGUCUAUCUUCUUACGGCUCUAUUUUGAGACAUUUUGUUACUUUUUAUCUUUGUUUUUGUUUUUGUUUCGUAAUCGGAAAAGAAGAAAAAAAAAAAAAAAGAGAAAAAAGCAUGAAAAUAAACACGUAGUCCGGCUCGUGGUUGUAUAAGGCACGUUCGAUUAUUCGUUUUUGAUAAGUUUGAAAUUGAUCGAAUUCGUGAUAUUUUAAAUGUCAAUGUUUUCACGAUGGAACUGUGAUAUGUAUUCGAUUGGAUACGAUCGCGAGCUAUCAAAGCACCGACUACUCUACCGUUCCCUAUCCGGCAAAACGCACGUAGUUACUUAAAAUAAACAAAGAAUUUAGAUGUUGAAAUUAGAAAGCAGUACAUCCUGCACUAUCGUUGUCUAUUAUACGUAUGAUCGAAUUGCAUUUAAUAUUAUCGAGGAUUAUAGGAGCGAUCAAAGGAGAACGUAUACUUUCACGAAUAUCGAGGUACAAUGUAUCAUGACGUAAUGCAUAUCGAUAAAAUUAGUAAACUGAGUGAAAUGGAACGCUGUAGAAGAGUGAGAGAGAGAGAGAGAGAGACAGAAAACGAUCGUCCACUUUGACGAGAAACAAACUUAAGAGAGAAACUCCUCGGUCCCUUGUACUAGAAUAAAAAAAAAAAGAAAAAAAAGAAAAAAAAAAGAAAAAAAAAAAAAAAAGAAAAAACGAAAAAAAAAUCGCGGUAGUAUUUCAUCUCGGGGCUUUCUGUCUUUCAUUAGCAGUGGCUACGCUUUCGUUUUAUUUUUCGUUACGGAUCGGAAGCAGAGCAAGUCGAAAGAAUGGAACGAAUGAGGGAGAGAAGGAUGAGCGGGCGCGUCUCAAAAUAGAAAAGCGAAGCUUACAUUUUCUUUUCUUUAUGAAAUUGAUAUUACGAGAUACGCCCUCGAUCGUUACUUGGAUGAUCUGUAUGCAUUGUACAUAAAGUAGUUAUUUAAAUGUAAUUCGAUUAAAAGAGAUAGAGAGAGAAAGAGCGAUUUAAUGAACUGAUACGAUUGAGAAAAGAACAACGACGAAUGCCUGUCUUUCGCAGAUUUAAUCGUAUUACUUAUGAAGUUUCAUAAAAUAUUGUCUUCGCUUAGGGAAUUUAUUUAUUGAAAAGAUCCAUUCUUGGUACAUGACACGUGUGUACUAUAUAAGACUUUUGUGUAUUACAUUUUUUAUAAGUUUCGGAGGAUGUUUUAGAAGACCGUUCUGCCAAUUUAUCCUUCUUAUCACCUCCGCUAUACGCUUUAUACACGCGUAGCUGCGUAGUGAAUUUAAGGGAUGCCAGGUCCGCCGUUAACAGCUUCUUCUCACCACCGCUCGCGUAGCGUAGUCUUUGAUCGGAGGUCGAGUACGUGAUAUUGGUGAUCGAUUCAUUUAUUUAAGAUCACUAAUUAUCGAUUAAACUAUGUGCUAAUUGAUUAACAAUGGUUUUGUAUGAUUUCUAAGUGUGCGACGAUGUUAGCCUCAUUUUUCUAACUGGAUCUAAGUUUCAUGAAAAAAGAAAAAUCCUCAAAUCGUCUGGAUUUUGCUUUCCAGGCGACUGGACCAUUCAUUGUAAGCUGUCUUCUCACGAAUUGCGUCAAAUGCAAAUAUAAAUAUUGGAAAUGUGUAGGCGAUCGUCUUCACACUUGCCCAUCAUGCAACAACACAUUCUUCUCGAAGAAUGUAUACUACAAUAGUCGCUUUUUAUUAUCGAUUGUUUUAUCGUUCUUAUAGUAUUCGUGUCGGGAAAAUGAGCAGUUUCGUUUAUGAAAUUGUGAUAUUUUUCGUUACCUCUAGAGAUUAGUUUUAAGUUAGAGAUAAUAUUUUAUCGAAAAGCGAAGCAAUAUCGUUGCAUAAGCGAUUAGAUUACAAAGACAAAAUACAACAGAAUACAAAGACAAAAAUAUCAAGGGGCAUUCGUCGUCGUGGCUUUUCAGAGAUCAGUAUGGAUGGUUUUCGUGAAGCCACCUUCCGUCCGUCCCGAAAAUCAAAAGAGAUUAAAAGGAAAACAGAGAUCGAAAAGAAAAAGGAGGGAAAGAGUGAGAGAGAGAGAAAGAGAGAGAGAGAGAGAGAGAGAGAGAGAGAGAUAUCUAUAUAUAUAUAACGAGAGAGACGGAGAAUGAAAGAUAAAAUACAGUAGAAGGUUUAUAAAGAAGCAGAAGCGUGAUCGUUAUGUAUUUGCGGCAGUACUUAUAAAAAUGUUGGUUAGUCCAUGUACUUAAAAAGCAUCGAAUAAUAAUACAUACACAUACAACGUACACGCUAUACAUGAAACACAAGAAACACACGACACGUACAGAGCACAAAGAGGAAACAUAUCCAGUCACGAUCGUUGCUUGUUAUUCGCGAGUAACCGGUGCGAUGGAUUUCGUCGGCGUCCUUCUCAGUUUCCAGGAUAGCUUAUACUUUAAGCUUCUCUCGGGAAACAUAAGCGUGCGUACAGAAAGAAAAGAAUAAAAAAAGGAAAGUAAGCAAGCAAGAGAAAGAUUGAGAGGGAGGGAGAGAGAGAGAGCGAGCGAGAGGUAAAAAGUGUAUAUAACGCAGCCACGGCGAUUCGUUACUGACAUUUCGUCUUAGAUACUUAUUAUUAUUAUUAUUUUUAUUUCAUUUUCUUCCUUUACCUACCUUUUUUUUUUCUUCUAUACUACCCCCUUUUUUUAACCCCUCGCUCCGCGCGUACGUUGGGUGAGCGUGUAUUUCAAGCUGGUUGGAAGUUGAAAACUGGACCGAUGAGUCCGCCCGGUCGAACGCAAGCUCCGUUUUUCCUGGAAAAUUCUAAAACGAUAUCUAAUGUGCGUUAGAUAGAAAUAGGAGGAAACAGAGAGAUAAAGAUAAAGGGGAGAGGAAGAGAGAGAAAAGGAGGCUUUCUCGUAUUUUAUCUUUUUUUUUCUUUGUUAAAAUUCUUUCUUCUCUCAUCUCCCGUCUUAUUUUUAUGAAAUAUAUCAGGAAGCGAGAGCAUUGCGCGUUUAGACGUCCCGACUCUUGGAAAAGUGAAAAAAUACAGUGCAAAAAAAGGGACACCUAAAUGCAAAUCGACGGGCAAAGUAAACGUACCGCGUGCCAAAUUCGAAAGUGCAACCACGUUGGCUGCUGAUUCGGCGACGAUUAUCGUUAUGCACUCUUUCGUGGUUGUAUUGUACAUAAUGUUGCCGAUCGAUUCCUGGAUCAAACGUACAACUUAAUGCGUGUAUAUUUCGUAAAAGAUAUCCUUGUUCAUUUUACAAUGUAUCUGCCCCUGUAAAGAUACGGUUUAUUAUAUAAUGUCUGUUGUGAUUA